GGUGAAUGGCGCUGGUGUGGGCGCACCACCACCAGCGUCCGGGGUGCAUCUCCUCCCACUCCCUCGCUCCCGUCUCCUCCCUCCCGCACACCUCCGCCCACGGGGCCGCGAAGCUCCCUCCCCGCACCGGCCAGUGAGUGUACAAAGCGGCGGGCGAGGGGACGUUUCGCUUCCCAGGCGUGCUUCGCGGAGCAGUGAGAUCACCGGCGUUAUAAAUAUCUCGGUGCCAGCGCCGAGAUCCGCUCGGGUGGCCUCUCUCUCCCCCUCUCCCUCUCUCCUCCCCGAGGCUAUGUCCACCCGGUGCGGCGAGGGGGGCAGCGCCAGAGGCUCGCAACAGCCCUGCAAGAUGCACUUAGGACCCCCGCGGCUGGAAGAAUGAGCUUGUCCUUCCUUCUCCUCCUCCUCUUCAGCCACCUGAUCCUCUGCGCUUGGGCUCACGGGGAGAAGCGUCCGGCCCCCAAAGGGCAACUGGGAUCUGCCGCCACCGAUCGAAACCCGGGAGACUCCAGCGGCAGCCGGAGCGGUAGCGGCGCGACGUGGUCCUCGUCCCCUGCCUCCGCGUCCCCCGCGGCUUCUCCGCGCAGCCCCGGGAGUGGCUCGGAACCUGGCAGCUUCCAGUGGAGCCCUUCAGGGCGCCGUACCGGCAGCCUCUACUGCAGAGUGGGCAUCGGCUUCCACCUCCAGAUCCACCCGGAUGGCAAAGUCAAUGGCUCCCACGAAGCCAAUAUGCUGAGUAUUUUGGAAAUAUUUGCUGUGUCUCAGGGGAUUGUAGGAAUACGAGGAGUUUUCAGCAACAAAUUUUUAGCGAUGUCAAAAAAAGGAAAACUCCAUGCAAGUCCCAAAUUUACAGAUGACUGUAAGUUCAGGGAGCGAUUUCAAGAAAACAGCUAUAAUACUUAUGCUUCAGCAAUACACAGAACUGAAAAGACUGGACGUGAAUGGUACGUGGCCCUAAAUAAAAGAGGGAAAGCUAAGCGAGGCUGCAGCCCACGGGUUAAACCUCAGCAUGUCUCUACCCACUUUCUACCAAGAUUCAAGCAGCUGGAACAGCCAGAACUUUCUUUCACAGUUACUGUUCCUGAAAAGAAAAAACCACCUAGUCCUGUGAAGCCAAAUGUUCCUGUGGCCCCACCUCGCAGAAGUCCAAGCACAGUGAAAUACAGACUGAAGUUUCGCUUUGGAUAAUACUCAUGAUGCCCUUGCGAGAAACCA